GCUGGUCAGCAGCUUUUAAUUUAUCCGUUUUCAUGUGAACCAGAUUGUAUCCAGCGUGCCGAGUAUUGGAUGGUGCGAGUUUAAUUCGCCUAGAACAGAUAUUUGUGAGAGGUUUUUAUGCUGAAAUUUGUCAGAAAAGAGUUAAAAAGGAUCUCCAGCCAUUCGAUCCGUGCACCAUCGCCCUAGGGUUUUGGUUUCUGAACGAAUCACAGAAAGAUCCUGACACCUAUUUUUCUUUUUCUUUUUGAAUCUUCUUUGGUUUUUUUGGUGAAGUGGGAAUCUUCCAAUCUUUUCAUUCCUGGCUAAAAAUGAGAGCAUUCAGUGGUGUCUGUGCCCAAAUUUCUGAGUAGAUGGCUCAUUUUAUUCUGCCUCUGUUGAUCCUGAUGCAACUGCCUUGGUGUUUGCUUUGUGAAUCGGUACCGACCCUCUCGAAAGUGUGCAGAUUUGAUCAUGUUGCCUACUCAAAGUCGUCGGAUGGGUAUCACCUUUCAAUUAAUCAAGAGAGGAUAGAGGAUCCUGUUUUGAUAUGUGAAGCACUGGAAACCUAUUUCAAGAGUGGGUGUUUGUUAUGUGAUUCCCAGGUGGAAUCAUGGAGGAGAAUUGGCAAGGAGUACUGUCGUCAGGACUUUAACGUACCAGUCAAUGUGAGGUGCAAUCAUAUUUCUGUGGAUUUAGUUCGGAGGGCAGGGAGGAAACUGUUGCUGCCGUUAUCAGCAAAUGUUUCCAACUUUGAGCAGUUGACCAGAAAGGGUCAGUUGCAAGAAGAAGAGCUAGAUAAUAAACAUUCUUCACCAUCAGAUAAUGUUCCUCUGGCUGUACCAGGAAUCUUCCUCAUCUGUUGUGCUUUUAUGUGCCCUUGCGUUCAUGCAAGGAGGAAAGAAAGAAGCGAGCAUAAUGUUCUAGCUAGACAGCUGAAUUCAA